AUGUCAGAUUGGGUGUCUACAUUUCCAGGUUAUAAACAGGUGUUAUUAACUUGCAAGAAAAUGCUUGGUAAGAUUAUAAUGACUGGCCCAGUGCCUCAACAUGUUGGUAUAAUCAUGGAUGGGAAUAGAAGAUACGCCAAGACACACAAAAUAGAAAUCAAAGAGGGUCAUAGCUUGGGGUUUGAUACCAUGGCAAGCAUACUAGAAUUAUUAUACGAGCUGGGUGUGAAAUGUGCCACCGUUUAUGCAUUUUCGAUCGAAAACUUCAAGAGACUGCAAUAUGAGGUCAAAUGGUUGAUGGAAUUAGCCAAAUCCAAGUUUACGCAAAUAAACCAACAUGGAUUGUUGUGUGAGGAGUAUGGGGUUAAAAUCAGAAUAUUAGGAAAUACCAAACUUUUGCCGAAAGAUGUGUUAGAGAUCCUUGAAAGAACCGAAGAAAUAACUAAAAACAAUAAGCGUGCUGUGUUGAAUGUCUGCUUCCCAUAUACAUCAAGAGACGAGAUAACCCAUCUGAUCAAGUCAGUAGUAGACGAAGCGACGAAAGGUGGUAUUGAAAUAACCGAGGAGGCUAUCGACAAGCAUCUUUAUACGAAAGAUGUGCCCCCAUUGGAUUUACUAGUAAGAACAUCAGGAACAUUUAGACUUUCAGACUUUCUUUUAUGGCAAACGGUGUCGCCAGAUUGUGCAGUUGUGUUUGUCGACAAGUUAUGGCCGGCAUUUAGACCAUGGGAUAUGCUCAAGAUUUUACUCAACUGGGGGUUUAACAAAUACAUGUAUGGAAACCCAAAUGGAUAUGGGGUUAGUAAUAACUUGGUAGUGAAGAGCCAAAUGGAAGAAGAAUUAAUAAACACACCAAAUGGAGCUACAGGGCUUGACCGGUACCUGGAGGACGAAGAGACCGAAGUUAGUAGUAACAAUUUAGGAACUGAAGAGGAUACAGUGACAUCCGAAGAAGAAGAUGUUGAAGAUAUAGGCAAAAAGUAA